GCUCCCGCCGCCGGUAGCGGGGCCGCGCGGGGCGGGGGCGGCGGGGCUGGGGCGGCGGUGGGCUCGGCCGGGCGGGAGGGGACAGGGCCCGGCCCGGGUACGGCACCGCCACCGCGGCCCGGCGGGGCUCGGCGGCUCCGGUACCGGGGCCCGGCGGGGCUCGGCGGCUCCGGUGCCUCUCACACCCCUCCGCAGGCGCCCCCGCAGGCUCCCCCGCCGGCGACCCGGCCCCCUGCCCGCGCCGCGAGGUCGCUGGCCGCCGGCCGUGCGCCAUCAUCCCGGUGCGGCUCAGCGCUCAGCCGCCGCCAUCCCUCCCGCAGGUGAGGCCUGGCCGGGAGCAGCACCAGGAGCAGCCGCCGCGUCUCCCCGAGGACCAGGCUGGUGCCGGUGCCAUGAAGGAGGACCGCGAGCAUCCCGUCGCCCUGGGUUAUGCCAUCACCAAGCCCGACAUCCUGGCCGAGGUGGAGCGAGGUGAGGAGGUGGCAGGGCGCUACGGGGAGCACCGGGGCCCCCGGCCGCCUUCGGCACCCACCGGCCCCUCCCAGGGGGACUGGCUGGGGAAGGAGGUGAAGAGCGAGGAGGGGGUGUCCCCACCACCCACCUCUCCCCCGUCACGCCGUGCCAGCCCCGGUGACUUCCCUGCCCCACUGCGGGAGCGGGGCUGCAGCUACUGCAGCCUCCUCGAGCCGGAGCCGAGUCCCAGUGCCAGUAACGGGGGGUUCCUCUCGCCACCCGCUGCCUUCGAGAGUCGCCGCUGCCGACCCGAGGAGCUGCUGCUCGAGUGCGCCGAGUGCGGACGCGGCUUUGGGCAGAAGCCGGACCUGGUGCGGCACCGGCUGGCACAUGGCGGGCAGCGUCCCUACGCCUGCAGCCGCUGCGGGAGACGUUUCGCCGAGCCGGUGGGGCUGGGGGCCACGGGCAGCCCCUGCCGGCCAGCCCCCUGUGCCGGCCGCUCCCCAGGGACGGCAGAGGGGGGCACGGCAGCGCCCCGGAAGGAGCGGAAGGAGCUGUCGUUGACAGAGAAGGUGCGGGUGCUGGAGAUGCUGGAGGGCCCCAAGGUGUCACAGAGCGAGCUGGCCAAGCGCUUCGGGGUGUCACAGCCCCAGAUCUGCCGCAUCAUCAAGAACAAGGAGCGGAUCCUGAAUGAGUGGCACUGCAACGGUGACCCUGAGCGCAAACGCAAGCGGGAGGGGAAGGACACGGCCCUGGAGGCUGCCCUGCUGCGCUGGGUGGAGGGCGCCCGUGCCACCGACCUGCCCAUCAGCCGCCCACUCCUCCAGCUCAAGGCCAAACACCUUGCCGAGGCGCUUGGCCGGCCUGACCCGGAGCCCAGCGGUGGCUGGCUGGCUCGCUUCGGGGCACGCCACAACCUCGCCUUCAAGAAGCCACCGGUGGAGAAGGGGGACGCAGAGCAGCCCACGGCUGAGCACUGGGCCGGUGUGGUGCUGCCCAGCCUCCUCCGCAGCUACGCGCCCUCCGAGAUCUAUGCCUGUGGGGAGACGGGGGUCCUCUUCCCAGUCAGCCCUCCUGGCAAGGGUGAGAGUGCCGGCAACCAGCUGACGCUCCUCCUCUGCGCCAAUGCCAACGGCUCGGAGAAGGUCCUGCUGCGGGCAGUGGGGGAGAGCCCCCAGCCACGCUGCCUGCAGGGUGUCAACCUGGCACAGAUGCCCUGGAGCUACCGCGCUGGCAGCCUGGCCGGCAUGACUGCCCCCCUCUUCUCUGAGUGGCUGCGGGAGUUCAACGAGGGGAUGCAGCGGCAGGGGAAGAGUGUCCUCCUCCUCCUCACCAAGCAUGAGGCGCACCCUUACCUCCAGCUUUCCAAUGUCAGGAUGGUCUUCAUCCCAUCGGCCACCACUAUGGCCCAGCCGCUGGACCGCGGCAUUGCCGGCGACCUCAAGGGCCACUACAGGCGCCGGUUGCUGCGGUGGCAGCUGGUGGAGCGCAGCAUGGGGCAGCCAACCCUCCUGGAUGUCCUGCACAUGCUGGCACAAGCCUGGGGCGACGUGCACCCAGAGCUCAUCGCUGGCUGCUUCCGUGCUGCUGGCUUCAGCCCCGAUGCUGGUGCUGAGGCUCUGGCCCUGGCCCCGGCACCCAGCCCACUCAGCCAGGAGCAGCUGGAGCGCCGCGCGCUGCUGCACGAGGAGCUGGAGUGUGAUGGGGAACUGGCAGAGGUAGACAGGGAUGAGGGGACAGCGGAGGGCGAGGACGCAGGAGAGCUGGCAGUGGUGCAGCCCUGUCCCUCGGAGCAGGAGGUCUGGGGGAGCCUGGCCACACUGCGGCGGUACCUGGAGUGCCAGGCCACCUCGCCGGACCUCUUCCAGGCCUUCUAUGAGCUGGAGGACGUGGUGCACAUGGUGUCGGCUGGCACCAGGCGAGCCCUCCUUAGGGAUGCCCCUCCCAAGCAGUGAGCGGAGUGGCCAGCACAUGCCAGGGAUGGGGGCUGGUGCUCAUCUGGGCUAUCACCAGACUGGCCUGGCCGCCGUCUCCUGCAGCAGUGCCAGCUGAGUUGUGCCGUGGGGUUUGCUGUGGGUCUGUGUGGCUCAGGGGCAAAGGGGGUGUCCGGCAGGGAGCACCAUGCCUGGCAGCUGUGGAGCCACUGCUCUGGAUGUCACCCACUGGUGUGGUGCUGGGGGCUGAUGGUGGCAGCCAAAAAACUACUGCCAAAACCUCCUGGGGGUGGCUUCUGCAGCAAGCAGAAGCCGUCUGGUGGAGCUGCCCCCGGGGGGAAUUUGCCCUGAGUGGGGUGGCUGUGUUUGCUGGGGGCGGGUCCUGGGGUGAUGGUGGGGUGUCCCCAUACCAGGGACAGUGGCUCCUUCCCACAGGGGUUUGGGGGGACUGGGUGCCAACAGCUGCUGUCACGACGUGGUGCCCGGAGGUUUGCAACAGGCAUUAAAAGGUGGAAUUCAGC